ACCAACCCAUAUCUACAGAUUGAUCUACAGACACUUCAUAUCGUCUGUGCUGUUUCCACUCAAGGGAAUUCUCAAGUAGAUCAGUGGGUGAAGAAUUACACACUACAACUUUCCAUCGAUGGAACAACUUGGACAGACUACAAGGAAGGUGGACAAGUUAAGAUUCUAGAUGGAAAUCACGACCGAAACUCACAGGUCAAACAUGCUGUUUAUGGAGUCUUAACAAAAUAUCUCCGAUUUUUGCCUCAAACUCACCAGGGUGGGGUGUGUAUGAGAACAGAAUUGUUUGGAGUAACACAAAAGCCAAUGUGUUAUACCCAGGCCAUUGGUGUAGCCAGGACUGGUACCAUUCCAGACAGCAGCUUCUCUUCCUCGUCAAACUAUAAUUCAGUUUAUACAGCAAAAUAUGGCCGCUUAAAUGGGGUAAAGUCAUGGGCACCUCGUGGUAACAAUAAUGCUAAUGAUUACCUCCAAAUUGACCUGCUGUUUGAGUAUGUCAUCUGUGCUGUAGCUACACAGGGAAAUCCAAGGGCCAAUGAGUGGACAACAAACUACAAGUUAAGAUUAUCCCUUGAUAAUGCAAGUUUUAUCAACUAUCAGGAAAACAGUACUGACAAGGUGGGUUUAGAUGCAGCCAUAAAUGCAGAGGGUGUAGUACUUUCUUAGGCCAUUAAGUGCGUCUGGCAGAUCAAUUCGAAGAUUUAACUUCUUCCUCAGGCAAUCCCUAGGCUGUCUAAAUUUGGAGGAAGGUGGGAAAGGGAAUUGUGUUCAAAUUCCUCAUCCAAGUACAGGAUCUGAUGGUCAGUUUUUUGUAAAAGGCAAAAUCAGUAAUGGCGACUUAAUACACACUGACCAACAUUUUUAAAAGACUUAGACCUUGUAGUCCAUUUCUGUUGAGCCAUUUUUCUUGCAAAAAUGAACUAUUUACUAGACAGAAGUGAGACCUUCAUUCCAAGAGUUUGUUUGACACUUUAAGAGUUUGUUUGGUGAUUCAGCAUUUCGAGUGACGAGGAUAGAAACAAAAGUGUCUACUUGGUGAAGAAUUAGCAUCAAUUCUCUUUUCAGUGAAUCACAGACUGUUUUUGAAACAUGUAUUGUUCUCUUAACCAGAAACACAAAUCUGUGCGCAUGCAGCUACUGUUACUUGUACGUGUAAUUACAGCUCACUUUUAGCAUCCUGCAUGUAUUUGUUGUUAAGUUUGUGACAUCUAGAAUUAUUAUCAUGUAUGUCUUAACAUACCAUAGUGACUGUAAUUUACCUGUUUUCUUGAAAAUCCAUGAGAUAUUUUCCUACCUUAUUGCAUCAGGGAUAAUGCAUUCAGCUAUCCACACAGGUAUACUAAUAUAUAUAUUUUUUAUUUUGGAGUGCUUCCUCCUACCCACCAGGAUGAUUUUUCUGCUUCUCAUACACAGACACUUAUUGGUACUUUUCUAAAAAGAUACAUGAAUAAAUUACUCAAUUCUGAUUGGUUAAGAUAAAUACAGUUUUCAGGUAAUUCAAUGCAAACCAGACUGAAUAAUUCCUUGAACUUUUUAGCCGGACUAUGAA